GUCAUCUGGGGCCGUGCGUGGGGCGUGUUCACGGACUCGCAUUCCUUUCUGCGCAAAAGUGGUGUUUUCACGCUCCAACGAUUCACUUUUAAUCCGCGACGACGAUCUAGUGUAAAUUCAAGAUGUUUUUGGCUAAACAAGUCAUUGGAGGCCUUAUAAAUGUUGUCAGCAACAUUGACCCAGCACAGUUUGUGCCCUCUCAACCACCUCCUCCACGCAGACCCGUGGCUUAUGCAGAGCAACAUGAAAGUGAUGAAGAGAGGCAGUUUCGUAAGGUGUUCCAACAGCUGGCUGGAGAAGAUAUGGAAGUGAGCCCCACUGAGCUGAUGAACAUCCUCAACAGAAUUAUCUCCAAGCAUGGCGACUUGAAGACAGAUGGCUUUAGCAUUGAAAACUGCCGGAGCAUGGUGGCCGUCAUGGAUAGUGACAGCACUGGGAAGCUCGGGUUUCAUGAAUUUAAACACAUUUGGAACAAUAUAAAAAAAUGGCAGGCAGUGUACAAGUCCUUUGACAGAGAUGGCUCUGGGCUUAUUAGUGCGGACGAACUGCCUGGAGCAUUCACUGCAGCUGGCUUUCCUCUCGAUCCGCAGCUGUUUAAUAUGAUAAUACGACGAUACAGUGAUGAAAACGGAAACAUGGAUUUUGACAAUUACAUCGGCUGCCUUGUGCGGCUGGACGCGAUGUGUCGUGCCUUCAAAACUCUGGAUAAAGAUAACAAUGGAACCAUCAAAGUGAAUGUACAAGAGUGGCUCCAGUUGACCAUGUACUCCUGAAUGCAGCUGAUGCUUCCUCUUCAGUUUGUUACACAGUGCCACUUUGUCUACACGGUUCAGCAUGAGUUAUUUUCACGUUUACUCAAACUUGUGUUCCAUGCAGGGCCAUAUAUUUUUGCAGUUUGAAAUGUGUUCGUCCUUUAACUCUAUGUUUUGUGCACUUCAGCUUAUACAAUAUCUUUUUAUUAAAAACAUUUGAACUGAUUCUACAAUCACAUAAUAAUAAGUAUAUAGGUGAAUAUAAAUUAAAGCAAAUGUUACUGAGUUUGUUAUCCCUGCUCUAGUACAAAUGCACAAAAACUAAAUUUGGCUUCCCCAUUUUAUUACCAUGUUAUUUUCAGCACAGUGUUUACAUUUGGGUUGUAUUGAGCAAGUCAUGAGAUAUGCAUGAAUCCAAUUUGAUUUAUCUUAUAAUAAAAGUACAAUGCAUUGGAAAUUACACUAGAAAAAAACCCAUGGCUGUUCUGUAGCUGCUUUUUUGACUAUUUUCCACUCCAAGUCUUGUUGCAGUUGAGCCAAUAUCAUAUGUACUAAAUUAUGUUUAUUUCUUCCCUUUUUGUCUUGGUAGGUGCAAAACAAAAGAAGCCAAACUCCAUUAAAGGUGCACUGUGAAACCUGUCUGGUCGAGGGUCCGUCACCAGUUUCUCUCCAUGGAGAUGUGGCCUGGAAUGUUCCUCAGUAUGGCAUUAAACUUAUUUAUUCCUCUAGAGACAGCAAGUGACGCUAUAGGGCCAAGUUAGAUGUCAGAUCUCUGGAGAGGCAAGCACACUCACAGUACGAAUGCAAGUUGUAAGUCAGAAAAAACAAAAACAUGUUGUUGUGUAAAUGCAAGAUGUAUACGUUUAAUGCCAUACCGGGACAUUCCAGACAAAGCAACAACAUCUCCAUGGAGGCAAGCUGAUGGAACACCUUCUUCCACAAAAAAGUUUCACAGUGCAUCUUUAAGGUUAAAUAUUGAGUUUAUUAGACAAUCUAGAGAAAAUAAUGUUGGUGAGAAGUGCUGCUAGUCUUGCUGUCAGGAUCGAGAGAUUUGACCCCAGUAAGAAGAUAAGAAUAUGCAUUCAAAGUUAUAUUUGUAAAAUGUAAAGCCAUUCAACUGUCUGUCUUAAUUGUAAACUCUGGACUCAUGUUGUGGAACCAGUUUGUGGGUAGUACUGGUUUUGCUUCAUGCACAAUCAGGUAUCACAAUAUUAAGGCAAAGUUUAAACACAUAAAAGGAAAGAUGGUAUUUUUAGAGCUAUAGAUAAUAAUUAUUUUAACCACUAUUGAGCCUAAAAUGUGGUGUGUUAUGUUUAACCAGAAUCAUGUUUUAAUGUGCCUUUCCACUCCAGGAAAACUCAGCAGACCCCCUGUAGUUUAAAAUGUGCAUUACAAAUAUUCAGGUCCAAUUUGUUUGUUAAAAGCUAUCUCAUGUUUGCUAGACCGAUACCAUAGAUUCUAUAAAGAAGUCUAUGCGUAUACCCACUAUAAAAAAGAAAAUUGUGCAUGUUUAAAAUGUCUAUAGGCAGUGUCAACCUGUUAAUAAGCCUCAUAAAUAAAUAGCCUGAAUAAAGGUGCCAUAUUUGGACAAAAAGAAA